CCAAAUAUGAUUUUUCUGCUGUUGUAUUGCAUUGAAUGGAUACAAUCAGAAUACCUACUUGAACAAUUGUCAAUUUCUCAUUUGCUACUCUGCAUAAAUUUAUUACGGUGGCAAAGAAUGUUACUAAUUACCUCAAACUCACAUUUGUUCAGCCAUAAUAAACCGGCUUUAACUGUUAUAUCAACUCAAACCUUUAAGAUAAUCCACUGGCAUUCUCAUCCACAUGACAUCCUGUCUAUUAUUGAAGCGAAAAAAUGUUAAUCUUUAAACAUGGAGCACGAGAUGAAAUAUAAGAGCUGUCAUGUGAGGACUGUACUUUACUCUUCUUACUGAGACAACAGCACAAACUACAAGACCCAUUCUAGACCAUGGAGGUCAGAAUCAGUUCUUUGUUGAGUUUGAUUCUCCUUUGGAACUUUCUAUGUAUUAGUAGCAGCAGAACAGAACACAGUGACAUUUAUGAGAGAAACUCUCAACAGUCGCCAGAGACUCUAAUGAGUCAAACAAACCAUCUGCAGGUCAGACCUGAAAACUCAGUUCACAUUCAUCCAGGAGAAACGCUGACACUUCAGUGCAGAGAGGAAGGAAAUGAAGUGCUGGCGCAGUGGUGGCAGACACCUUUUGGAUUGUUUGACGGCUGCAACCACCAAAACAAAGACCCAGUGGAAACAUGCAAUGGCACUUUGAGGAUUUUAAGGGCCACAUCCAGCCAUGAUGGACUCUAUAUCUGUAUCCGCCUGGACAAGAUGAGCAAAACAAUUGUGCCUUACAGAGUUAAUGUAGUGGGCUUAAAUCCUAACAUUAACAAACAGCCGAGGAAGACCAGGGAGGUUUACGCCGACACGCUGUCAGAAAGCCAUUUCGCGGCGGCUGUGGCAUCAUCAGUAAUCGUGAGCUUUUUAGUGGCCUUCACACUUGGUGCAUUCAGUAGAUCCUACGUAAUAAAGUGUCUACGAACGAUAAGGGCUCACAUACCUUAUAGAAAAGAUGAUCACAAUCACAUCAAUGGAGAAAACAACGAACAAACCACCAGAGCACAACCUGAGACAGUGUUCUUCCAUAAAAACCACGACAGUGGAGAAGACACUGUGGACAUUAGUUUGGUUGAUCAGGAACGCAGGACCUCUGAUAAUGUAGACGCUAUAGGAAAUGGAAAUGCAGAUGGCGGGAAGGAUGAUACUCAGGGCUGUGAAGGUGAAGAACAAAACCAAGAGUUCAGAUCAGUGGUUAGUCCACAUCCAAAGAAGAAGAGCCGCGUCAUUAAAUUGUACAACUAUGAUGAAGAAGGGAAUCGAUUCAGCCACAUCAAAGACUCUGCGAUGGAGGGUGAAGACAAGAUCAGGCCAAAAAUCAGAACGAAAUCUUUGACGCGACUCAAUGCCAUCAUGAAACAGGCAGACUUAAACCCAGUUAAAGAUUCAGCUGAGAGCCAGUCGACUCAACCAGAUGCUCCUUCCCAUGAAAACGGUGUUUCAGCUACAGAAGGAGACGGAGUCUCACAAACAAGUCAAGAGACAUGAAAUGGAGGAAAUGAUCAUUGUAAAGAACUUUGAAAAUUUAACUGGGUCUGAUUGGACGAUUGACUUAGGCCUAACUGUCAUUGUCAAAAAAUUAAGUGUUCAGUAAAAUCCAUGCAAUUUUGUGUAUAUCGUUAAAUUGUAAGUUAAAUGUUUAUACAAUGUCACAUGUUCUUUCAGCAGUAGUAAUUUUGUUGCAUAUAUUAGAGAUGUAAUCAAAAAUAUUUUUAUAAAACGGUUAGUUCCUGUCCUUGAUUCUGAUUUGUCAAUAGCUGUGUUUUAUUCAUGAUAAAACAUGGCUAUGACUGCUUCAUCCAACGGUUAUUACCUGCAUUCAGAUUUAGCAUUUUUCUUCAGAUCAGUCCUAUGUUCAUAAUAAAAAAAAUAUCCGCUGCAAUAUCUUGUCCUUUUAACAGUUAAGGGGUUUUCCCGUGACUGACAGCGCUAGUCAAAGUAUUUGUCAGUUGCGUCUUGUUCCGUGUUCACUACAGUUCAGUCUUUUCAAUAUAAAAGUCUUCACUACUGACUGACACACUCAUAAAGACAGUCUUUGCCGCCAUCUAAUGGCGUAAUAAUGUAACUUCUGUUGCUGUUCACGGUCAGGGACUAUUUUUUCUGGCAGAAGGAAGGCUUUUAGUGAUUUUACUUCAUGAAAGUUGCAUUGAUACAUAUUUUUUGGCUUUAAUAUUUGUAUUGUAUGGUAACCAUUUUAUAAAAGCAAUAAAGUACUUGAGGCUAGUGCUGUAUCGUGAAUAAGUCACGGCUGAAGGGGUUGCAGGCACUCCUCUCCGCGUCGUGCCUAACAACGCCCUUCAGCUGUGACUUAUUCACGAUACAGCACAGCCUCUUGUACCUUAUUGCUUACAUACAGCACUUGUUUAGAAGUUUAUGGUCAGUAAGAUUUUUUUGAACGAUAUUAUUUCAUUAAAGAUGCAUUAAAUUGACCAAAAGUGACAGUAGACAUUUAUAAUAUUACAAAAGAUUCUGAUUUAAAAUAAAUGCUACUUGCUACUUUUGAGCUUUCUAUUCAUCAAAGAAUCCUGAAGAAAAUCUACAAAAUUAUGAAGCAGCACAAGUUUUUUUCCAACUUUGAUAAUAAGAAGAAAUGUUUCUUGAGCAUCAAAUCAGCAUAUUAGAAUGAUUUGUGAAGCAUCAUGUGAAACUGAAGACUGGAGUAAUGAUGCUGAAAAUUUAGCUUUGCAUCACAGGAAUAAAUAACAUUUUAAAAUAUACAGUAUCUCACAAAAGUGAGUACACCCCUCAUAUUUUAGCAACCAUUUUAGUAUAUCUUCUCAAGCGACAAUACUAUAGAAAUGAAAAUUGUAUAUACUUUAGAGUAGUCAAUGUGCUGCUUGUAUAGUAGUACAGAUUUACUGUCCUCUAAAAAUAACUCAACAUACAGCCAUUAUUGUCUAAAUAACUGGCAACAAAAGUAAGUACACCCUAAGUGAACAUGUCAAAACUGUGACCAAUGUGUCAGUAUUUUCUGUGAGCACUGCCUUAGUCCUCCUGGGCAUGGAAUUCACCAGAGCUGCACAGGUUGUUGCUGGGAUCCUCUUCCACUCCUCCAUAAUGACAUCACGGAGCUGCUGGAUGUUAGACACAUGGCGCUUCUCCACCUUCCACUUGAGGAUGCCUCACAGGUGCUCAAUAGGGUUCAGGUCUGGAGACAUACUUGGCCACUCCAUCGCAUCAUGUUCUGCUUCAGAAUGUCACAGUACAUGUUGGAAUCCAUGUUUCCCUCAAUGAAGUGCAGUUCCCCAGUCCCAGCAGCGCUCCUGCAGCCUCAGACUAUGAUGCUACCACCACCAUGCUUGACUGUAGGCAAGACACAAUUUUCUUGGUACUUCUCACCAGGGCGUCACCACACAUGCUGGAUAACAUCUGAGUCAAACAAGUUUAUCUUAGUCUCAUCAGACCACAGGACAUGGUUCCAGUAAUUUAUGCUUUUGGACAGGUUGUCUUCAGCAAACUGUUUGCGGACUUUCUUGUGAACCAGCUUCAGAAGAGGCUUCUAUCUGGGACGACGGCCAUGCAAACCGACUUGUUGCAGUGUGCGUCGUAUGGUCUGAGCACUGACAAACUGACCUUCCGCUUCUGCAACCUCUAAAGCAAUGCUGGCAGCACUCGUGCAUCUGUUUUUUGAAGCCAGCUUCUGCACCUGAUUCACAGCACGAGGACUCAACUACUUUGAUUGACCCUUGCGAGGCCUGUUCCGAGUGCAACCCAUCUUGGAAAACCUCUGUAUGACCCUGGCCACUGUACUGUAACUCAGUUUCAGAGUGUUACCGAUCUUCUUAUAGCCUAGGCCAACUUUGUGGAGAGCAACAAUUCUAAUUCUCAAAUCCUCAGAGAGUUCUUUGCCAUGAGGUGCCAUGUUGAUCAUCCAGUGGUCAGUAUGAGAGAAUUGUACUCAAAGCACCAAAUUUUAACUGCUCUAAUACAAGAUACGCAAAUUUGUAUUGUCCUAUCAAGCAGACAAAAACAUGAACAUGAUGAAUAGGACAUGUGGCUUUGCAUGGUUAAAAGAUGUAGAGCUGUAAUCACUGCGUGUACUCACUUUUGUUGCCAGCUAUUUAGACAAUAAUGGUUGUAUAUUAAGUUAUUUUCAGAGGACAGUAAAUCCAUACAGCUAUACAAGCAGCACAUUGGCUACUUUAAAAUAUAUACAAGUUUCAUUUCUAUAGUAUUGUCCCUUGAGAAGAUAUACUAAAAUGGUUACAAAAGUGAGUACACCCCUCACAUUUCAGUGAGAUACUGUAUGCAUAGAAAGAAUUGAAAUAUUUCACAGUAUUACUGUUUUUACUGUAUUUUGGAUCAAAUAAAGGCAGCCUAGAUGAGCCUAAGGGUCUUUCAUUUAAAAAAAAAAUCUUACUGACCCCAAACUUUUGAGUAGUAAUGUGUGUGAAAGUAAAUCUUUUAUUCAUGCUUAAUUUAGAUUGCUGAAUAAUGCUUUAUUGCUCUAACAGUGCUGUAUAUGCAAAGCCACUAAUGUCCAGAAGAAAAAAUAAUUUACAACUGCUUUAUUUAUUUCCUUUUCAAGACACUAUAAACAAAGUAAAACUUUAAGGGAAAAAAAUGAAAGGGACAAAAAUUACAAACAGACCGUUUCCCUCUCAAAAAAAAAAAAAAAAGAAAUAAUACAACACUGGCAA